CCUCACUGAGGAUCGAAAACAACACGCGCACGUUUGGACCAGCGUACGAGGAGCAAAAUGACCCGAGACCCACCAAUGGCCUCUCUAGGUAUAACGGCGGCACAUGCAGUCAUGUAUUAACCCAUUUUGCAUUGCUUUUGGGGGGUUGACUUCGAUUGCGAUAUCAAUGAGUGACUGUUCUGCAGUGCUGUGUUCUGUAGACACGCCUGUGUGUGUGUCUAUGAUUCUUUUCUGUCCCUGAGAUGCGCCACGCCGCUUACGUCGAGUCUAUCUGCCAAUACCUUCGACACUGUUACCACGAUGCAGUACUAGACUCGGUGCUGGAGGAGCAUGAGGGCGCUGGUCGUACACCUGCCUCCCAUGAGAGCAACGUCGGAGGCGCCACCUUGGGGCCCUUGCCCACUGAAAUACUAGAAGCCAUUCUAAGCCACCUCGACUUCUGGGCCCUAGCCCGAUGCCUCCGUGUCUCACAGCACUGGAACGCAGCCAUCUCUCGGUCUCCGCAGUUGCAGCAGGCUCUGUUCCUCAGCACGAAUGUCGAGGAUCCUAGCGAUGGCCCAGCACUUGUCUUCAAGCUCGUCAUAGACACACGAAGACUUCGCGCGGACCAGCCCCAACAGCAGCCAGUCUUCUGGAUCGAUAUUGGCAAGCCCUACAACCACCCAUCCAAGCUCCAGCGAGCAAGAUUCUCCGCCGAUGACGUUGUGUUCAACCCCAUUCUUCAAAACAUGUUUCGCUCGGCGCACCCUCUGAACACUCAGGCCAGUGGACAGAGUUCCUCCUCUACCUCCCGGGCAGACUACGUUAAUCGCAGAGAUCCUGCAGCGCUCUGCCGGACUGCGCAAGGCUUGCCGGGUGCAAUAUGGAGGAAGAUGCUAAUCUCGCAACCACCAGCGCAGACCAUCACGAUGGAAUGCGACUUUACCUUCGAUCCGUCCUAUCGAUGCAAAGCCUGGACCCCAUACACUGUCGAGGGAGGAAUCACAAUGGAAGACUUCUUCAUGCUUGUGCAAACGCGCAUCAAGUCGAGCUUUGGCGACUAUCAGAGGGAUCAAGCGUAUCGACUGGGAAACAAUGGUUAAACAUUGGAUAGUGAGGGUCUGUCCUAGACUACGGCUCAUUGGCUGAGGCAGUCACUCCAAUUUGGUUCAGACGAUGAAGAAACGCCAUUUGAGUUGUCGGCAACGACUGAGAUCAGGGAUACGGCACCCUUCCACGACAAACACAAUCACCGAGCGCCGCAG